CCGGCUGGCCCACCAGGCUACCCUGUCAUAGGAAACCUUUUCGACUGGCCAUUUGAGUCUGGCUGGCUUAAGUUUACGGAUUGGUCAAUGAGCUACGGCGACAUUGUCCACCUACAAAUCUUCGGCGUUCAUAUUGCGAUAUUGAACAGCGUGGACGUAACUCAAGCCCUGUUUACUCAAGCUGCCUACUCAGAUCGUCCUCGACUCGUGAUGGCGGGCGAACUCAUGGGAUUUUCACCUAGUAUCAUAUUGGCCCCUUACGAUGAACAUUGGAAGUCUAUGAGACGACUUACUCGACACUAUCUCAGCAAGACUGCUUGUCAAACCUUUGUGCCCAGCCAAGAGAGGGAUGCAAAGCUGCUUUUGCGCUUAUUGCUUGAGGACCCCUCCAAUUACCGUUCCGCCAUUCAUCAGUACGUGUCUAGUAUCACCUGA